AUGGAUGCUGUGAAGCAGGUUUUGACGGCCAGAGUCAGUAGACUUUCAGCCUUGAAGGCAGCCAAUAUCGGAACCCCCCGCUUCAUAGCGCAACUAGAGUCCACUAUCAAGAUCUAUGGCGAGAUCAUGAAGGUGGAGCCUGCGAACAUCCGAGAAACCACCCAACACAUCCAGGCCCUCAUGGAUGCUCUCGAUGACUACUGGGCCAAAAUGUUUCCAAGUUUCGACAGCGCAGCUGUGCUUUAUACUCGCAUGUCUAUGCAACGGCAAUUUGUGACAAGCAAAUUACUUGAGGACUAUCUCGAUAUCCCUUAUGUCGUCAGUCCGCAUCUCGUUUGGCUCGCAAGAAGCCAAGGAGAUCCGACAGAUCGCGAACAAGCCGCACAGUUUCUGGGAAUCAAGCUCGAUGAUACGGAGAAAUUUUAUCACGGAAAUGUGACUUCUACUCUACAUGAGAUGCUGCUUGAUCCGGACCAUGUCGCAGUCAAACUUCGUGCGGCGGCUGCAAGAAAUGGCCAGCCUGCAAGUGACAUUCAACCUCUCAUUGACAGAUGUGAAUGGGCAUCUCUCGCCUCGGCUUUAGUCAAGGACCGUAUCCUAGUGGACAAGCUAAUCGCCAAGUCGGACUUGUACGACACCAGAAAGAGACUCCACAGAAGUAUUGAUCGUGUGCAAGAGAAGUACUUCGAUACUUUGAUCAGCCCCGAGAGGUUUGUCAUCAGUUCGCGGGCGGGAGCCCUCUCUGCAAAGGUGGCAAAGCAGGCAUCAAUUCCUCCAUCCAUGGAAGCUCCGCCGCCGUAUUCCGAUUUGGCCGAGACUGAGACAACUAAUCAGAAAGAGUAG